AAUGGUGUUUGACAGUAAACAGUUAAACACCAAAUAAGUAAACUUUUGCGUAUAUGAAGUUUUGGGUGGAAGCUCACAGGUAUUUCAGACGAAACUAGGUUCCAUGGGACCAUGGAAGCCUAAGCUACACAGCCAUGUAAAAGUCUGUACAUAGACACAAUAUGCUGAAUUAGAAAAAUUAUAAACAAGAAUUAAUAAAAACACCAGAAACCAGAGAGCAUGAGAAUAAAUAACACAUAACAGAGAAAAAUUCUCAACUACUGCGAGGAAGUCUUGUACAUAACAGAGGAGCGUGCCACAAGGCAACUUUUCAACUGUGAUUUGAAUACUUGGGAUUUAUCACUCAGUUUUCAGUUCUGUUGUAAGCAUAUUGAGAAUGAAAUAUACGGAAUAGUGUACACCUUUCUAUACAGUGCUUAAACUUUGUAGGAGUGUCUGCAUCUCUGCACCUGCUGUAUUUUUCAACGUAGGAAUGGAUGGUGUUAUCUUGGAAACAUUUCUUAUGACCUGAUAUAGUUGAAGGCUAGUUGCUGAACUGCUACAGAAAUUUUCAUUCAACUUCCUACAAGAAAAAUAAUCUAAAUGUUAAGAUAGUUUAACAGAUCAUUGUGUAAAUCAUUUAUUGUAGUGAUAUAAAUAGGUGAUAGCUAUCUCAAAUUCCUUACCAUCGGAAGUAUAGAGAGAAAAAUCACAAGACCACAUGUGUGUUUUGUUUUUUGAAAAAAAAAAGAGAGGGUAGAAUGAAGAAGAGAAAAUCUUCCAAUAAUAAAUCAAAACCAAAGAAAAAGUGUAGUACCCUUAAGAGGGCAACAUCUAGGAAGGCUACUGCUGUGAAAAGAAAAACGAAAAAUUCAUCUGCAACAAAGCCUCGUUCACAACAGAAGAUCAAUAGGAUAACAGUAGCUGGAGAUGGAUGUAAAAACAGAAAAAGGAAACAUAAUAAUGAGAAAGAGAGAGAAAAGAGCAAGCGGAGCAGGUUGCCCAGUCACAAUGCUUCACACCACAACAGUCGCUGUAAUUUGUGUUCACAGCCAGAGCCAAAGGCUACCAGAGGCAAGAGUUCAACAAAGAAGAAUGGUUCAAAUCAUUAUCGUGGUGUCAUUGAGCUGCCCUGUAAAAAAAGUGUGUUUGAGAAGGCAUGUAAUCUCAGACGAACGAUUGAAUCAGGGGACCUUCUGCCUGCUAGCUUGCAGCCACUUCUUAAUGACAGUGUAGCAAACAAAUACGAUAUAAAUGAGUUGGUUGCUACUGUAAAGGAAAGCAAAUCUAAGUGGCAAGAAACUGAAAAGCGUAUGCUUGAGCUGGAUCGUUCUAUUAGAGCUGAGCUUUGCAUCAAUAAGGCAAAUCCAGAGAAAUGUUUGCCACUUCUUGAUGAAUUAAAUUGUCUUGAGAUCGAUGCUCUAAUGUUGAAACAGAAUCCAAGAUUAGUCCACACAGUGCAAAAGCUCUGUCAGUUUGUUGGGAACAGAGGAGUAGGUAACUUCACAGAAGAAGAGAAGACAAAAUAUCUAGAUAGUGCUGCUCAGAUUAGGAACAAGUCUAAAGCUUUGUUUCAAAAGUGUCAUAAGUUGUUUGGUAUUGAAGGAGGUCAGUCAUUUAAGAAAGUUUUUAAAGAGAAAGUUCAAGAAUACCAGGAAACAAAGAACAGCAAAUUUUUAAGGGAAUUAUGUCAAAGAGUUAAUAAAGGUUUUAAGAAAAAUCAGAGUUCAAGGCCCUUGAGAAAGAGGGUAUCAGGUAACACAAAAUAAGAUAUUAAGGAAAUUGCAUUUAAAUAGCCUCCAAGCAUAGUAACCUACAAAGCUUAAACAACUCUUUUUACAGGGCAUUUUAAUAAUAAUGAUUUCUGGUUUACAGUUGUUAGUUUCUAAUAUAUUGUUUUCUAAGUUACUGGUAGCCAUUUAGAUGAAAACUGGAAAAACUUCUGCUAAUACCAAUAUUCAUUUCAGUACAAAACUACAAUAACGGUUUACUUUACCUGUUGUGUAAAUAAGCUUUUUAAGUGUCUGACAAUUUAAUUAUUUGAUCAGCUUACAACAUGAUGAUUUAUUUUAUUGAUGAAAGGUUUGAGAAAAGGGAGAAGCCGAGCAAAACCUUGACAUAAUACCAUGAAUUUAUUAUUAUUUUAUAAAAUGGUAACUGAUGCCAUCAUACCUUAACAGAGUAAAUAUGACUUUGAAAAAGAAUGAUGAAAAGUGUUAGUAUUUGUGUAGGCAUAGUAUCUGUGUUAUGAAUAACUGAUUAGGUCUGUAUCUUGAGGGAAUUGCUGUAUUUAUGACUGAGGAAUGAAUGUUUUUUAUUCAUUCUUGUGCAAUCUGUGAUAUCAAAUAAUGUGUUACAAUACGUGUGAAACAGCAUUAUUAAAAUAGUAAAUAAUAUAGUAAAUACUUACUGUAACACAUUUGACCCUUUGACUGCUGUCUUUCUUCCAAAUUGUGCUUCUCAUAAAACUAUGAACCACAUUAGGACAUUAAUAAAUUUGGUUUGUACAGAGA